ACAUGGAUAAUAUACAUCUGUGUGUUUUCUAUUAUCAUCCUGACAAGACUCUAUUAACUAAUCCCACACAUUAAGCUCAUUGAUUGUAAACAGAAGAAGAAGAAGAAAAAAAGGGAGUCUGAAUAUGAAUCGAUAUAGGUUAAAAUAGAGGACAGCUCUGUGAACUUAUGGUUGUGACGUAGGCGUCUUAAAUGUCCUCAUCCAUUUUGGUGCGCGGCUCCGUUCCGUCCGUACGCUCUGGUCCCCACAGCAGCACACACAUAGCGGGACGAGUCUGGACGGUGGCAGCGGAACACAUCUGCAUCUAAAUCCGCUGGUUUAUCGCUGUCAUGACAUGUGGAUAAUCACGAUGUGAGUGGAACUCUUAAAGUAUCGGAGCUGAAUACCGGAUUGCCUUGCAUUAACCAGAGAUAACCUUUGGAACCAUGAACCCUCAGUUCUCUAGGUGACACACCGACAAUCGGAUAAAAUGUAUCGGGCUGGAGGAUACGCGGUGAUGAUGCUCCUCGUCCACACCACCGGGGCCCUGUGGACGGAUUUGGACGGGAACCACACGGAAAACGCCACCGUGCCAGAUGGCGGAUUUGUCCCCGUGUUGUUCACCAAAGUACACCAGAUUAUCGCCCGCGAGGGGAACUGUGCGCUGAUUGAUUGCAAUGUUACCGGAGACCCGUACCCGGACGUGCUGUGGUUCAACUCGCACGGAGAACGCCUUGACACCAACAGCAUCGAAAGCAAGUUCUGGCUGCUGGACAGCGGCGUCCUCAACAUCACCUCCAUCGACUUCGCCGACCGCGGCAAGUACACGUGCAUGGCGUCGAACUCCCACGGGCACGCCAACUGCACGGUGACGCUGCGCGUGGUCAUCACCCGCGGCGACAUGGGCGUGUACUACAUGGUGGUGUGCCUGGUGACCUUCACCAUCAUCAUGGUGCUGAACAUCACGCGCCUCUGCAUGAUGAGCAGCCACCUGAAGAAGACGGAGAAGGCCAUCAACGAGUUCUUCCGCACGGAGGGCGCCGAGAAGCUGCAGAAGGCCUUCGAGAUCGCCAAGCGCAUCCCCAUCAUCACGUCGGCCAAGACGCUGGAGCUGGCCAAGGUGACGCAGUUCAAGACCAUGGAGUUUGCCCGCUACAUCGAGGAGCUGGCCAGGAGCAUCCCGCUGCCGCCGCUCAUCAUGAACUGCCGCACGUUCAUGGAGGAGAUCCUGGAGGUGGUGGGCGUGGAUGAGAUGCGCCACACCUUCCUGCGCCAGGGCCCCGGCGGCCCCCACCACCACCUGGGCGCCAUCGGCGGCGCCGGGCUGGCGUCGAUCUGCGCCGGCGACGUCUUCUCCAUCCUGCAGGAGCGGGAGCAGGCGGAGCGGGAGAACGAGCGGGGGAGGAGCGCGUCCCCCGCGGGCGAGUCGGACAACUCGUCCAUCCACGACCAGCCGCAGCACAUCGCCAUCCAGGUGUCGGUGCACCCCCCGCUGGCUGCCGGCGGGUACUGCAGCAUGGAGAGCGAGGCGGGGCCGUCGUGUUCCUCGCCGUCGUCGUCGGACGCCCCGCGGGACGAGGAGCAGGAGGAGUCGGAGGAGACGGAGGAGACGGAGGAGUCGGAGGAGACGGAGGAGACGGAGGAGUCGGAGGUGACGGAGGAGACGGAGGAGUCGGAGGUGACGGAGGAGUCGCAGGAGACGGAGGAGACGGAGGAUACGGGAGAGUCGGAGGAGCCGGAAGAAGCGGGAGAAACCGCCGAAGAAGGAAGAGACCCCGAGGAAGGCAGAGGGAGACGAGAGGAGGAGGAGGAGGAGGAGGAGGAGGUGGUGGAGAUGGAGGAAGAGGAGGAGGAGGAGGAGAAGAAGGAGGAAGAGGAGAAGAUCUCUGUUCCGGCGGCGGCGGAGCCGGAGCAGAAGGAGGUCCGAAGUGCUGCCCCGGCCUGCCAGGUGAUCUACGAGAGCCACGUUUAAAAACCGGUCGCCACGCAAACCCGGAGCCGAUCUGCAAGCAACAAUCAAUCAAGCAAUCAAACAGACCCGGGCGGUGGAGCAGGGGCGUCACGCUAUCCUGCUAUGCAUUUCCACAAUAUCAAUAAAGGAAACUAAACUAAAGAGGAUGAGGAAGAUGCUACGGGAUACACAUCACGCUAAGUGACUCUAGUUACGGCCUCUCUUUUAAGAUACUUUAUCCUUUAGAGGGCCGAUAUUGUCCUUUGACCCUUGUUUGUUUGACCUUUUAUGUUUUGAAUGUAAAGUAGAGGGGGGAGGAGGGGAGUGUUAUGACACCAAUGUAAAGUACAAGUGAAGGGUCAUAGUGUCUGUCUGUCCUUGUGGUCAUCGCGGACUACUGUUGUUUUCCAACAAGGAUGAUGUCUUUCAGUUUCACUUUGGCUCUAGACUUUUAUACGAGAAUGCCUUGAAAGCCUCUCGGGGGUCAAAGACUGUCUAUGUUUUGUUUUUCCCCGACGAUGACGAGUUGUUGAAGAAAUUGUAUUUAUCUGCUGUUACAGAAAACCCACUGUUGCUGUACAAUGUACAACGUGUUGCUCAAUGCUUAAAAAAAGAAGAAAAAGAAUGCAUGCGCUGGAAUUAACUACAUCCUGAAUUUAGAGCUUAGGAUGCGCAGGGUUCGAUGGUUAAAAUGCCAACCUGCGCAAAUAGUAAAACACAACAGCAGAUUAUUCGACAUAAUUUCCUACUUGGUCACUCGAAAUUCAUACCUUCCUACUUAACCGUGGUUGCCCUUAUGAUUAUUAUUAUUAACAACUAUUUACAAAGUGUCUUACAGUUGUGUUACGAUGAAACUGAGAAACAAUGAUAGCGGCAUUUUGAAUUUAAUCAUCAGUGUUUUAAAUUGUGUUGAUUUAUAUUCCAUUGUAGACCAUUGAUUUCCUUUGCGCCCCUCUAGAAACGUAUGUCAGCUCCCUGUCUUACUUUUCUCUUAGGACCGACCAGAGCCUGAACCCGCUUUCCCAGGAUGCUUUGCAGUCCUGCAUACAGUUAGUUCUGCAUGUGAUUACAGCCUGAGACCCUUAUUUAAGGUUAUACUGAUGGGUCGCCAAAAGGCCUUUUUUUGUUAUUUUUCUUUGCUCUGAUUGGCUCUUAGAGGGCCAAAGCUACAAUGUGGUUCUGCUUUAAAUGGUGAUCUAAUCUUGCCAUUUGCCAUCCUUUUGUAGUGUAAUAAAAAACGACUGCUGUGUGACCAUGGUUUCCCUGGCUGCUUACUUGUUAGGAAAAGUGAUUUGACGCCUGUGUUCUGUCAGGAGACCCAACAUUGAUCCAAUCAAACUGCCCAAACGCCAGUUCAACCAUUUAUUUAAAUUAGGCUAGUAGGAAGGAAGAUGAAACACAAUCAACUUUUGAGAGGUGCAACCCGACGUCACGCUGUGUAAACCAAUCGCGUAAACCGGCGUUCACACCGGAAGUCGCCCACGGGAAGAAGAACUUUGUUUACCACGUAGCGUUAGCAUUGUAGCAUCCCACUGUUUACUUAAGAGUCUGCAGAUGGGAAAAGAGCCUGAUCGCCGCCGUGUUGUUCUUUCAACAGCUCGACAACCCUGUCACGAGGGGGUGGUUCACAACACGACGUCACACAAACGGGGCCCGGAAGUGACGCUCCCACAAUGACGCAGCAGUUUGCGGUUAAUCGCCUCAUCAUGUGAAUGAGCCCUUUUAAUCCAGCGGUGGGCAAGUGAAUGAACAUCUAGAAAUACAAUUCUAGAGAGGAACAAGCAUACUUGAUCCUAUGGUUGUGGCCUGCUUGCCAUUUUAUUGUAUAUAUUAACAUGUAAACAUUUUCAUAUAAAUACUUAAAUAGACUAUAAGUAAUAAAUACAGGUUUUUGCUACUCAGCAGCAUUUCAAAUUGUUGAAGAUUUUCUAUUCAUUGGCAAGAGUUUUAAAUGUCAUUCUAGAGAUCUUGGAGAAUGUUUCGGUUCAAACAAACAUAUUGCUGUUAUAAAUUGUAUGGAAGUUAAACAGUAGAAGCCAGGGCCGGAUAAUGACAGGCCAUGCAGGCGGUCGACUAAAUGGCGCCACCUGCUGGUAGAGGCUGGUCGCCCUCAAAGGAAAAUAAUUAAUAUACAGUUGUGUUAAAAGUCAGCGCCCUGCCUCAUUUUCUGCCUUGAGGU